AAACCCUAAAUUCCCCCUUAAAAUUGGUAUCCUCAAAACACCUGAGUGUUUCUCUCUUCCACCACCGUCUUCAUCACCAUCUUCCCCUCUCUCCCUCUUUUUGCAUACAUCUCAGACUGUUUCUCAUAUUUUUUAUCCCAAUAUUUCAAAUGAAAUAUUAUUUUUCCCUCCCUUCUUUUUUCGAUACCCCCAUCCCCAGAAAUCUCCCUAAAUCGAUUCCCCAGAAACCGAUUCCCCAGUAAUGCUUAGCCUUUUUAUUUUGUUCCCUUGGUGUUGGAGUUUGCAUUUUAUUGUUUAUUAACCUGAUAGGAUUUGCUUUUUCUGCAAUUGCUACUGGAUUUUCCAGGCAUAUGUGUAGAUAUAGCAGUGUCAAAGCAUGAAUACUGAUCGGCAUUGGCUCCUCUUCCAUUUGAAGUUGUUGUCUCAGCUGGACAAAAGGCUAAAGAGGAGGCCUGGGAUAAAGGCUAGUUCAUUUUCUGACUACAUCCCGUUUAAUCCCUCUUUCUUUUUAAUAUAUAUUAUUUUGACCUAUUAAAUUUUAGAACUGUUACAGGAGGUGGACAUUCAGACCGGAUUAAAAUUGUCCGGGAUCUGAAUGAUCUGACUGGAGAAGGAAAUAUUGAGAGUAUGCUUUCAGUUGAAAUGGGCCUUAGGGAAUUAGCAUCUUUGAAGGUUGAUUUCUAUCGUCUUGGUUUUGUUUCCACCAUUUCUGUUGUAUCAUUAUAUUGUGAUAACCUCUGCCAGCAUCAAUACAGGAAUUGCUACUAGAUUUGUUUUGAGUUUUUGGUGUCGGUAUUUACUGUAAAUGCUUGGACAGAGUGCUUUAAUUGUGAUAGGAACUUCUGGAGGGUCAAAAUUUUAUGGAACAUAUUAUACCAUGAAGCAGGCAUGUGAAUUUCCUUUAUUUUUCUGGAUAGUCGGUAUAUAUAUUUCCUUUGGAGAAGCUUCCUCUACUACUUUUGCAACAAUAAAGUGAUGGUUUGAAAACUACAUUCUUAAUCUGCACAAGUGAAAAUAACUAGUAUUUCUUGGGAAGAGGGCUUAAUCGACUUCUAUGAACUUUAUUUUUCAUGGAUUAAUCAUAGUUUUAUAUUGUUUGAGGUUAUUGGCAUUUUUUUAUGUUAAUCUUUACAUAUAUACGAAGUACUGAGGUAGGUGAAAUGUAUGUAAAUACCUAUUUGAAUUUAGUAUCAUCAUUUUUCUUUCCUUUUUUUUUUAAAUUUCAAGACACUUGGAGGUUUGGAUAUUGUAAUAUUUAGGGACUGGCAUUGAAAAUUCUCUUGCUUUGGGAGAAGAAAAGUGUAUAUAUACUAUAUAGUAUAUAAUCGUAUUAAAGGAAUGCUGGUUGUACUCCUGGACUUCAUUUAUAUUAAGUUUUCAUUGUUGAAUAAAAUUGUUUUGGGUCAUGCAGGUUUAAUGUUUUGGGUUUGCACGAGUUUGAUAGUGAUCGGAAGAGGAUGUCUGUUAUAUUGGGGUUCCCAAACCAAUCCGUUAAAGUGUUUGUAAAAGGAGCUGACACAACAAUGUUUAGUGUCAUAGACAGAUCUCUGAAUACGAUUAUAAUUCGUGCAACUGAAGGCCAUCUGCAUUCUUACUCCUCAAUAGGCUUGAGAACACUUGUCAUUGGGAUGAGAGAACUGAGUACUUCAGAAUUUGAGGAAUGGCAUUCUGCAUUUGAGGUUGAGGAUGCUGUUGUACAGGCAUUAGGCAGGCAUAGGCGACUUGGUUUGCUUCAUCAAUCCGUCUCAGGCUUGGUUAACGUAUUUCUGGAGAAGAGCCAAAGUGUAUGGCGUGGAAGAUGAUAUUGCAGAAGAGCGACUUGGGUUUUGGAUUAGCCAUAGUGGACAGACCCCUACUUCUCAUGAUGCUGUGGAUGGUUGUGGAUGCUAGUGAUGUGAUAAUUUUUUCUGUGAAACCCCAAGUAGAUGCAUGCAGAAGCUGGAAUGGUCAGUAUGAAAUGGCUUUGGGGUACACUGCUUGUACAUAUGCUGCUGACAACUUGAUUUUCAUGCGCGAAGUUGUUAGGGCUAUUGCAAAUAAACAUGGCAUGUUGGCAACGUUUGUCCCCAAUUAUGAUCGCAUACAACCUAAUACAUGGAGUGGAGCAUAUCAAUGUUGGGGCAAAGAAAACAGAGAAGCACAUUGUAUUUUUUUUUUACCUUGCAAUGUGUAUAGUCAUAGGCAGGUUCAACUAGUUAAUAUGUUUCUCAUAUGUAUUAUUUAUUUUAGUUUUGAUUCUAAAUUUUUAUUUUUACUUUAAUAUUUACGAUAACUUGAGUUCUAACUUUUGGAUUUUAAUUCAGUUAUCAAUUUAUAUCAUAUAUCUUUCAUUGAA